AGGCAGCAAAAUGUGGCGGAAAUGGCCAAUUACACAAUAUGAAGACCAUUAUCAAGAGCCAUGUACGCUCAAAUAAGGAAAUGUAUGAGGAAGCAAAAAAUGCCAUGUUGGAGAAGGUGGAUGCUUUAAAGAGAACCAUCCUGGAGGAUCUGGAGAAAGCCAUGACAGAAUCCAUUGAAUUUUCUCUCAGGACUGACAACAACUCACUCCCAGAUGUUUCAGAAGAGCUAGAGAGAGUGACAAAACAUCAUGAUGAACUUUUAAGCAGUCAACAUUAAAAAAUGUAACUGGGUAAAUACUGAUAAAAUGUUUUUGUGCUAAAUAAUGUGAACUGAUCCACCCAGCAGUUGCUCUAAAUCCAUGGUGUAUAUACGGCUCCAUUUUAGUGAAGCUGACUUUUUGUGAAGAACACAAAAACAACACUAGUGUGAACAUUUUUUAUGAACACGUCUUAGGCAAAUUUUAGGGGGAUUUUACUGUUGGUCCUCAAUGGCUGAGCAUUUAUCUCUCUGAUUAUUUCAAAAAAUUUAUUUCUGAUAUUUCAGGUCACCCGUGAUAUCUUCAGUCACAUUUUUCAAGUUGUUUUGUGUUCUCUCUUUGAAUGUUAUGCUGAUGCUUACUUUUGACUUUCAAUCAAGUCUUUACAUCUGAAGUCAUUAGCUGUUUCCGGAUACAAACUCUGCUUCAGGUCCAAUUCAUUAAGGCACUUGUGUUUUAACAUGUUUUCAUGCUUUGUAUCUUGUUCUAUUUAAUCUGAACAAACCCCUGAAAAAAGUCGAUGGUCAUUGUUGCCGUCUCUGGGUUUUAUUAGCCCUAUUCAUCGGCAGCACUUUUUAAAACCUUAUGAUAUAACUACAGCCCAACCCAUGCAGCAGUGCAUUAAUGACUAACCUCGUAUUGUGGAUGGAUUAUCUCAGCUGUUCUCCUGACUGAAGUUUGGUCGGUUUACAACAUCCUGCCAUGCAAUUGCAUUUGUCCCGAACCAUCGGGAACCCUCGCAUUAAUUUUUAGCGAGUGGAAGAAGGUUAGCGUUCAUCCUCCAGCUUCACUGUGCUAAUGUUUUUAUAGUAUGCUAACCAUAGCUGUGUAGCUAGCCACCACGUCGCACAUCAUCAUAUACCAGCUAUCCCAACUUCAGUAACGCUAUAAAGGUCACUAAUGUUUAGUUUUCUGUCUUGAUUUAUGUCGGAAGUGGUAGCAGAGCUCUACGUUUUAAUUUUUCAGAAAUCCCUCAGUCAGAAUAUGGUAUAACUUCUUUAGGUUGAAAUUAGUGAGCUAACUUCGAACUUCCUGCUAACUUCAAACUCUGUUAAACUUCAUAAAUGCUGUUUUCAUGGAUGUCUGGAUGUUAAACUGCUUUGUCAUACUUAGUAGAGCAGCCACACUGAUAAUUUUAGUAAAGAUGAAAGAAUAUAGACAGUUUUAACUCUCAGUAUUGCCACAGUGUUUGUUUGGACCCAGAAACAGGGUUCAUAUGCCAUCGCUUAACAACACUCAUAUAAAGAGAUACUUAGAUAGUAAUUCAAACCAGCAGUGGCAAGGUUUUAAUCAUAAAGAACUAAAACAAAAUGGAAAUACUGUAUCUAAAAUCUGAUUGCUUUUUUGCUUUUGUAGUGGUAGUAGCUUUUUAAUUAGUUGUGGACUUGAGGUAGAUAGAAAAUUAGAGAGAAAUGAAAAGGUAAAAGGAUUACGAUGCAAACAUUCUUGGUUCAUGUCAACCAGGGAUAUUUGCAUUGUAUUUCUGUUGUGGUUUUAAUUUUAAGGGUCUAAACCAAAAGAAGAUCCAGAGCUUCAUGAUUUUAAUUAUUUCAUUUACUUCCUAUACUGUGUUUAAAUAUGUUAUGUUUAGUUUUGCUUUAUUAGGUGGGUACUUUAUUUUUUUUAGGUAUUUGGAUUUAACUUUGUGAACAAGAAUGACAAUUUCAAUUUGUAAUACAAAUAUAUCUUUUCUGCAAUACAGACUUUGAGUAUCAUAUGAUUAAUAAAACGGUAGCAAAUAACUACUAUCAACUUUUACUUAAGCUACAAUAUCAUUUUGAAUUUUGUUGUUACUAAUCUAUACUAAUUCUAAAUGUAUGCAUGUGCUUCGUUUUUGUAUUGCUGUUAUAAUAAAAUAUAACUUGAGUUUAAAAGCAUGUGUAGUCACAAGAACCGUUUUUUCUAAUCCCAUGAACAUGAAAAAGGCAUGUUUUAUAUUCAUGCAAAAACAUCCUUGUUGUAAUGUAGUGGAAAGUGGCAUGGUGGAAUAAUAGAGAGAAUCUCCCAACAAACAUUGGAUGCAUUAUUUUCUAUUUUAAUUAUUGCAAGCUUUUGUUUUUUGUGUGAGAUAUAGGCUACACCCAUGUGGGAGUGGACAUUUCACUCUAGUCUAGCUGCCAGCUAUUUGAAGAUGAAUACAGGGAGUAGUUGAUUGGUGAUGAUUUCAGCUCUUCUAUUUAAAGGGGAGAGAAAAGAAGAUUCAAGAGAGAGAAAAUGGGAAGAAAGGAGGUUGCGGGACACAGUUGCAGUAGGUUGAAGCUGGUUAAAAUUGGAGAAAAUGGCCUUUAAAAUGUCCUGGACUGGUUUUACAUUUAAAAUAAUCAGAUAAUACCACAAGGACAAUUUGUUUUAAUUAGGAUUUAUGUGGAUUUGUUUUGAUAAAAGACUGGAUUACAAACUGAUGGGUAUGCUGGAACUUAUUCAUUUCUUGUCCUGGGGCCUUCUUGUUGGUCACUUAUCAGUAGCUGGGGUUUGAGAUUCCAUGGAAACGUCUUUGGGAUUCUCCUUGAUAAAUGAAAGGAUAAGCCAAACCUUAACCUGAUCACCUUCUUAACCUAAGGAGAUCCUAUGGGUUUUUAUUGUGCCACUGAAGCAUACAACUUAAUCUUAUUUGUUUAAUUCAAGAGCACAGAUGAACCUGUCUUGAUGCUGACUUAUCAGACUAAAGCUAGCUAACUCAUUAUAAUCCGGAGAAAGGCUGAGCUUUAGGAACAAGCUAAAGAAAGCCUAAACUUUUACACAUCCCAGAGAUAUUUUCUCGCCUUAACAGUUUAAUAUGAGAGAUUGUGUGUUUGUACUGUGAAAUAUUCCCUAUUGAUUUGUGAUAACCUUAUUCAUAUUUAUUUUAAAUGAAAAAGCUUAGAGAUAGGAUGAGGAAUUCAGCCAUCAGGGAGGGGCUCAUAGUAGAGCCACUUAGUGGGAAGUUCAGCUCUUUUCAGAGAGCUGGCUCUUUUGUCACGGCUCCCAAAAAGGAGCUGGCUCUUUUGGCUCCCAAAUGGAUCCUAAGUUAUUAUCAUCCAUAGCCUCAUAUUUUAGCUUUACUUGGCAAAUGUGAAAGCUUUGUGUUUUACAUUUAGUGUUUUUAUGAGAAGCUUU